GAGAAUGUGUUCGUUUGUCAAUCCAAAAUCUACAGCUACCUGAAUCCUAACAAAACUCCUGGUGCUCGUCCCCCUCUUCAAGAAGAAAACUCUGUCAUGUAUCGCGACGUGAAACGUCAGGGCAAAACACGAAAAGAAACCUACAGGAAAGGAGAUGAAAAAAAGAAUGGUGGCAAUAUAAUUGAAGGUGCUAUGAAACCAGAAGACCAGAAAGAUAAAGAAAGUGACUGCAAUACGUCGUUGCCCUCCUCUGAUCAAAACCAAGAAACUGUAGAAGCUCAAAAGACGCCCCUGCCUUCAGAGUGUGCUGAUGAGGCCAUUGCAAAGCCAGCUCAGAAAAAGAUGGUUAAAGCAAAACGUGGACCAAGGAGAAAAACACAAGGAAGAACACCAAAUCGAAAAGUGACAGAUUAUUACCCAGUUAGAAGAAGUUCCAGGAAGAGCAAAUCUGAAUUGGAGACUGAGGAGAGGAGAAAAAUAAAUGAGCUAAUUACAAGUGGGAAAGAAGAAGGAAUGAAGAUUGAUUACAUUGAUGGCAAAGGGAGAGGAGUAAUUGCUACUAAACAUUUUAAUCGAGGAGAAUUUGUAGUUGAAUAUCAUGGGGAUCUCAUAGAGAUCACUGAUGCUAAAAAGCGAGAAGCUGUGUAUGCUCAAGAUCCAUCCACAGGCUGCUACAUGUACUAUUUUCAGUACCUCAGCAAAACGUACUGUGUUGAUGCUACAAAAGAAACUAAUCGUCUGGGAAGACUGAUUAAUCACAGCAAAUGUGGCAAUUGUCAGACAAAGCUUCAUGACAUUGAUGGUGUGCCUCAUCUCAUACUGAUAGCUUCCAGAGACAUUAAAGCAGGUGAAGAACUGUUGUACGAUUAUGGAGACAGAAGCAAAGCUUCCAUUGAAGCUCAUCCGUGGCUGAAACACUAA